CGGGGCCUCAUUUCCCAGGCAAGCGCAGGUUCAGGCAGUGCAGCUUGGGCGGCCCAGCGGAUCGUGCCGCGGCGGCCGAGCGCAGGCAGGAGAUCAUGUCCUCUGAGAUCUUGAGAAGGUGGCUGGAGCCCUUUGGACCUCCGCGGGAGGCAGUGAUAAUUGGCCUCCUCCUCCCAUCAUGUUCUGAGGAUGGGAGAGAGGAUGGUGACGGCACCGGAGGCCUGGGGUGCUCUGCCCGGCUGCGCAUUAUAUCCCCGUUAAAGACUGGCCUACUGAAAAAGGCUGGCCCUGGAAUCAAAGAAGAUCCGGGCUCCUUCCCCCUCUGCCCUUAUUUUUGACCUUGGGCAGUGCCUUCCACCUCUGUUGUGAGAGGCCAGAGAAAAAAAUCAGAGCUCACCUUUUAUUAAAGUACCUGAUGUGUCCCAAGCUCCUUGGACCGCCCCAGUGACCCCUGGAGCUACAGGAGGGUGUCCAGAAGCCACAAGCCAUGGCUGUGGGGAACAUCAACGAGCUGCCCGAGAACAUCCUGCUGGAGCUGUUCACACACGUGCCCGCCCGCCAGCUGCUGCUGAACUGCCGCCUGGUCUGCAGCCUCUGGCGGGACCUCAUCGACCUCGUGACUCUCUGGAAACGCAAGUGCCUGCGAGAGGGCUUCAUCACCGAGGACUGGGACCAGCCCGUGGCUGACUGGAAGAUCUUCUACUUCUUACGGAGCCUGCACAGGAACCUCCUGCACAACCCGUGCGCUGAAGAGGGGUUCGAGUUCUGGAGCCUGGAUGUGAAUGGAGGCGAUGAGUGGAAGGUGGAGGAUCUCUCUCGAGACCAGAGGAAGGAAUUCCCCAAUGACCAGGUCAAGAAAUACUUCGUUACUUCAUAUUACACCUGCCUCAAGUCCCAGGUGGUGGACCUCAAGGCCGAAGGGUAUUGGGAGGAGCUGAUGGAUACCACACGGCCGGACAUCGAGGUCAAGGACUGGUUCGCAGCCAGGCCAGAUUGCGGGUCCAAGUACCAGCUGUGCGUUCAGCUCCUGUCGUCCGCGCACGCGCCUCUGGGGACCUUCCAGCCAGACCCGGCGACCAUCCAGCAGAAGAGCGAUGCCAAGUGGAGGGAGGCGUGGUGGUGCAUGCCAGCUACUCGGGAGGCUGAGACAGAAGAAUCGCUUGAAUCCAGGAGGCGGAAGUUCAGUGAGCCAAGAUCACACCAUUGCACUCCAGCCUGGACAACAAGAGCGAAACUCCAUCUCAAAAAAAAAGAAAAAAAAAAAUUCCAAAAGUUGACUGACUGUUACUAAUUACUAGUAUUGAUUAUUACUGUUUUCUAGACUGGGGUCAGCAAAUAUUUGCUUGUUUGCUUGUUUGUUUGUUUGUUUUAAUUUACUUACAUAUUUUUAGGGACAAGGUCUCUGUCACCCAGGCUGGCGCAUUCAUAGCUCACUGCAGACUCAAACUCUUAGGCUCAAGCCAUCCUCCUGCCUCAGCAUCCUGAGUAGCUGGGAGUACAGGUGCGCACCACCACUAAUUUAAAAAAAUUUUUUUUGUAGAGAUGGAGUUUUGCUUUGUUGCCCAGGCUGGUCUUGCACUCCUGGCCUCAAGUCAUCCUCCUGCCUCAGCCUCCCAAAGUACUGGAACUACAGGCAUGAGCCACUGUGCCCAGCCCUAGCAAAUGUUUUCUUAAAAUGGCAGAUAUGAAUAUUUUUAGGCUUUGCAGGUCACAUUGUCUCUGUCACAAUUACUCAACUCUCCAACUCUGCUGUUGUUGUGUGAAAACAGCUCUAGACAAUAUGUAAACGAAUGGACAUGGCUAUGUUCCAGUAAAACAUUAUUUAUAAAAACAGGCAGUGGGCCUUCGGGCCAUCGUUUGCCAACCCCAGCCCUGUCCAGUAGAACUUUCUGUAGUAAUAGAAAUGGUCUGUGUCUACACUAUCCAUAAGGUAGCCAGUGGCUACAUGUGACCACUGAACAGUUAGUGAGAGCCAGUUCCUAGUACAACUGAGUACCUGAAUUUUUUAUUUCAUCUAAUUUUACUUAAUUUUUUUUUCUUUUUGAGACGGAGUCUCCCUCUUGUCGCCCAGGUUGGAGUGCAGUGACGCGAUCUCAGCUCACCACAACCUCUGCCUCCCGGGUUCAAACGAUUCUCCUGCCUCAGCCUCCUGAGUAGCUGGGAUUACAGGCAUGCGCCACCACACCCAGCUAAUUGUGUAUUUUUAGUAGAGACGGGGUUUCUCCAUGUUGGUUGGGCUGGUCUCGAACUCCUGACCUCAGGUGAUCCACCCGCCUCGGCCUCCCAAAGUUCUGGGAUUACAGGCGUGAGCCACCGCGCCGGGCACUUUUACUUAAUUUUGACUUAAAUAAUACAUGUGCCCCGUGAUGAGUGUAUUGGACAUCCUUUGGCAGCUUGCAGUUUCUUCCCAUUCCUUUGGGCUGAAUGAUAAUCCUGUGGAGUAGACCAGCAGGAUUUUGCUCCAUUUUAUAGAUGAGGAAACUGAGGCACAGAGAAAGGAAUUGGUCUGUUCCAAAUCACAGAGCUCUAACUGGAACUCCACUGAUUUCUAGUCUGGCACCAAGAACUCAGCCCCUUCCUUGUUCCCCUGCCCUCCUCAGGCAGUGCCACACUCGGAGUCUGCUCCCACCCUUUUUUUUUUAAGGCUCAUUUUCUUUUAUUUCUUUUGUUUUUUAGAGACAGGGUCUCACUCUGUUGCCCAGGCUGGAGUGCAGUGGCGUGAUCACAGCUCACUGCAGUCUUGAACUCCUACCUUAGCCUGUACUCCUGCCGCAGCCUGCCUAGAACUACAGGCACACACCACUGUGCCUGGCUAAUUUUUUUUUUUUUCUUGUAGAGAUGGUAUCUCACUAUCUCUGGUUUGCGACCAGACUGGUUGCAAACUCCUGGGCUCAAACAACCCUCCCACCUCGGCCUCCCAAAGUACUGGGAUUCCCAGUGUGAGCCACCACACCCAGCCUGAGUCAGCUCCCUUGACCUUUCUCCCUGCUCUACCUGCCC